AUGACCCAACAAGAUGAGCUAGAUCAAAUCAAAUCGAAAAUUCAAGAACAUUUGGUUGCCUCAGGAAACUAUGAUCUUAUCAAUAAGCAACUCAAGCUACAAUUAUACGAAAGUGGAUGGUACGACAAAGUAGCGCAAAUUGCUAAUGACAGGCUAAAUGAAGGUGGUGAUAAAAAAAAGUUGGAGACGAAGAACUUGAGUGAUUUGUAUGCUUAUGUUGGGCCGAAAGCUGAAGAAUCGAUACCGCUGGAAGUGAAGGAAAACAUAAAAAAGAAGAUUGAAGAAUACUUGGAUGGUAUUAUACAGUGA